AUGUAUGAAGAUAUUCUGGAACAGUUCAACUCACUCUCUGAAACAAGUCAGUGUUUACUUGCAGGGUGUGACCUGAAAUUAGAGCUGGAGAGGAUAAAAAAGAGCAUAUAUGAAAACUUUGUUCUUGAAAAACAACCAGCAAUAUAUCAGCCUAGCGAAUUCAUUGAAUUCUGUUCUCGGGCAGGUGCUCCAAAUGUAUUCAAUCAUAUUUUGAAAGCAAUAUCAGAUGACCGUCACUCCCAUAGGCGCCAGGAACUGAACCGAGUACGAACAGUGUCCAUAAUUUACACCAUGUGCUACUGUCGGAGCCAAAUGUGCAAUGUCAUGCAAGUAGAUCAUGCACUCUAUUUGAACUCCAACAGGGUGACUCAAGAAGGCAUAGAUACACAGCAUAGGAUGGGACAUACAUGCAGUCGCAAAACUUCCAACAUAAUUCGCAGUCAACUGUCCCGCAAUCAUGCUGAAAGUCUGAAUAGUUUCUUUGAUCAAGCAAUCCAAAAUGAAUGGGUCUUGGUACUGAUAAUCGACGACUUUACUAAAGUUCACACCUAUCGAAGACCAUCCACUUCAAAAACUUGCAAUCCCAUGAGCAUGUGUACAAUUGUAGUUAAGGCAUUCAAGCAGUUAAAGGCAAUAAAGGCACCAGCAAAUAUUUCCAGAAUCCAUUGUCCAGAAGGUGUUAACAUCAAAGCUUGUGUGGAUGCCAUAACCUCUUCUCAGCAGUUGACAAUGCUGGGUAGCAGCUAUGCCUCAACUAUGCCCAAUUGGUUGACCUCAUUGUUUUUCACUCCUGAUCUUCAAAGACACAUUCUCGAAGAGCAUGGCUACAGUGAUGAGUCUGGAGUUCGAUUGAUGAGAACAAUGGAUGAUUUGCAUCUAAUUGACUUUGUAGAGUUACAGUUAAAAUCAAAGGAUGGUUUUUCGCAAGCAUACAAGAUAGCUAUGCCAUCAGGUUUAUCAGCUUACUUGAAGAAGUUUAUAAUCAUUCAACCAGGUGAUUGGCCAUGCCAAUUCUAUUGUAGACAGCUUGUAUAUGAAUCACUCUCUCAUUGUCAAGAACCAACCGAUUACCAGGAGCAUGAGUCUUCAACCAGCACCGUUGAAAUUCCAGCUAUAACAUCCCUUAUUCCAACCAUGGGUCCAUUGCACAUAUCAUUAAACAGCAGAGAAGACAUCUUUGAAUCAUUUAAACCAUUUUUCAACCAAGUUUAUAAUCAUUUGUUUCCAAAUAGUAAGAUGCCAAAGUCGCCCAAGCCCUGGAAGAUAAAUCUCAUAUUAGAAACAGUUUAUGGUGGAUGGACAUUGAUUCGAGAACAAGUGGCAACAAAAUUUCAAUAUUCAAAGGACAUACAAUAUGGGGCAUUGCUGAAUUUGUUGGACAACUAUUUACCAUUAGUUUUAACAAUUUAUUCCAUCACUUUUAAAAGGAACAACUUUAGUGAAUAUUAUAAUGCAAUGAUCCGGAUAUGGGUGAUGUUCUUAUGCCUGAAGCGUCGCCACUAUAAUAAAGCUCCCCUUGUGUGGCUUUCAAAUAUCUCACAUUGGAAAAGCAAGUUCAGUGCACUUUAUGAACAAUUUUCUACAUGGCCGACAAUUUUUGACGAAUAUCCAGUGGAAAAUACCCACAGUAUCAUCAGAGCCCAAACUCAGCCAACAGACACUGCAGAGAAACUUCAACAAAGAGCAAAAAGUAUCUUUCAAUCCAAGACCAAACAGGCUAAUUUUAGAUCUAAUUUUACUCCUCCAAAACAAUUCAAUUACUCACAGCAGCAACUUAAAUACUUGAUGGUCAAGUGUGCUGAAUUUUUGACAAACAUUUUUAUUGCAGUGAACAAUCACAUUGGCUGUGCUUCCAGUUUUAUCAAAAGAAAAGUAAAAUAUGUCUACUUACCAGACAUUUUUGGACCAGAUAAGGUUAAAUACACCACUCUUCCUCUUGGCUUCAGCAGCAGUCAGGAACCAAACCAAGAUUGCAUAUGCGACCUUUACUCAUGCACCAUCAACCAUAGUGAUGAACCAUGGAAACUUUUUCAAGGGUGUUGGCAUUCCUUUCAUGUAAAAUGUCUCAAUGGUUCUGAUUUCUGUCCAAUUUGUCAUGGAUACCUGCAAGAUAAAGUAAAGGAGCUUGGUAAUAUUGCCAAAGAUGCCAUUUUAAAUCAGAAGAUAAACUCAGUGUCACUUGAUGUAGAUCCUGACAAAGAACCUGAUGAUGAACCCGAUAAUAUGGAAAGUAUGCCAUUGGUUAAUGUUGACCAACAAGGAAUAGACAAAUCAAUAAAGGAAUUGAGUGUCAGAAUUGAAAAUUUGCAAUCAGCGCCAAAGCCUGCUAAUCACCAUCCACAACAAGCACCAGCAACACCAGUAAAACCUGAUGCCACUAAAAAUAAUCAGCACAACAAGCGAAAACCACUUCAUGACAUUCAGAAUUUAGAUCAUGUUGUUCAACAACAACAACAACUACAACAACAACAACAAAUACCAAAAAGCACUAAUAGAAUGAUUGAAUGGUUGUUCCCUGCAAAUAUCUGCCAAACCCGAGUAGGUGGAAGACCAAUGGCAAGUAAUGCUUGCACAAUUAUUGCUUCACUGUGGUGCCGAAAGUUUCUGCUAAAAAAGAUUGCCUUCCCAUCCAAUGAAAGUGACAUUAGAGCUCUUACAAACAGCUACAAAGGAACUAUUGUAAAUGGGAACUUGUUGUAUCAGGGUUUGAAUCUACCUGCUGACCAACCUAAUUUGGAAGUCCGAGAUGUUGUGAAUAGGAUUAAAGAUUUACGACUAAACAUUCUGCAAGACUUGGGAUUCUUUAAUGUGAAUGAGCUUAAAGAAACAUUCGUUCAAAUGCUUCAAGAAGGCAAACGACGUGCUGGUGUUUUGAUUAUGCCACCAGCUAGUUCAGUGGCUAUAAUCAUGGAAAAUGGCAACCUAGCUGUGUUUGACAGCCAUCAGCAUGGUGGACGAGGUAGCCUGGUUCUUGUCUGCAAGCUUGGAGAAAUAGAUUAUCUUUUGAACUAUAUCGAAAAAACUCAAAAGUUGUGUGGCAGCAACUUUGCCGAACUUGCCACAAUUGAGUGACUAUAAGGAAUAACUUUGCCUGACCCACAUACAACCCUUAUUCUAAACAUUCUAGCAUGGCUAGUACCUUUGUUCUGCUGUUCCAAAGAAAACAUGGCAGGGUAUUCUACUGUACAUAAUAUGGAAUUCACUAAGAAUUUUACAGUGUUAUUGAAUAAAAAUUUC